UCUUACUUUAACCUCAAAUAUUCCUACAAAUUCCAAAUCCACCAAUCAAAAUUCAACACCCUUUACUCUCUCUUUCUCUAUCUAUUUUCAUUAUGUGACUUGUUCUUGUCCCAUAGAUCUCGAUCCCACCGGCAAUACCAAUCACUGUUAUUCCUCUUCUCUGCCUCCACAAAAACAAGAACCAAUUUUCUUCUCCUUUUUUUCUCUGAUAAAAAAUCUGCAAAUUUUCAGAUUUCCCUUGUUUAAUUUAUUUGUUAUUGGUAAGGUUCAACGGAGUUCUUUGAUUAUUUUAAGAGUCUCUGGACUUUGACUCUGUUCUUGAUAAGGUUCGAUCAAGUUCUUUGGUUAAUUCUAGAGUCUCUGGAAUUUCACUCUGUUCUUCCUCUGUUACUACUAUUGCGAUCUGUGUAGUUUUGGAUUUAAUUUGUGUUGAACUCUUCAAAUUCACUACAUUUCCUCAACUGGGUUCUUUUGGGUUUUCAAUUUUCUUCAAUUUCUAUGUGUUUGAUUUGUGAGUUGUUCUGAACUUGGGUGAUGAAACGAGGAAUUGGGAUUCUGUCUCCGGCCACCUACUUGCGAAAUUCCGGCUGGUCCAAGUGGACGCCGGAGGAGAACAAACGGUUUGAAAAUGCUUUGGCUUUGUUCGACAGAGAUACGCCGGACCGGUGGCUGAAAGUCGCCGCCAUGAUUCCCGGAAAAACAGUUGGCGAUGUGGUGAAACAGUACAGAGAGUUAGUGGAGGACGUGAGUGAUAUUGAAGCAGGGCGUAUUCCGAUUCCGGGGUAUACCGUCGGCAACUCUUUUGUGUUGGAGUGGUCGAAUGACGAUGGUGGGUUUACGCCGAUGUACAUCGGCGCCGGGAAGAGAGGCGGCUCCGGUCGGCCUUCUGAUCAGGAAAGGAAGAAGGGAGUGCCUUGGACUGAAGACGAGCACAGAAAAUUCUUGAUGGGUUUGAAGAAGUAUGGUAAAGGAGAUUGGCGAAACAUCUCUCGCAACUUCGUCACAACGAGGACUCCAACACAAGUGGCUAGUCACGCUCAAAAAUAUUUCAUCAGACAACUCAAUGGAGGGAAAGACAAGAGAAGGUCAAGCAUUCACGAUAUUACCACUACUCAUCUUUUCGAUAACCCGAUUCAAUCCAGUCUAGACAAAACAUCCCCACCUUCUUACGUCGGAGUUACAAUGGCUCCGCUUUGUGGGAUCUCUUCACUUGGACCCAAACUAAUACAAGACCAAAUCUUUCUUAGAGAGAACUUCCAUGGCUGCCAAAAUAACAAUGUCUUUCAAGUGCAAAGGGAGCAACAAUACCAGUGAGGUUUUACUAUAUGUGGAAAUUUCAAGUUGGCAAGGUGGGAAAGGUUAUUGGGAAUUCAAACAUUCCAAUUCCAUAAAGCAAGAAGCAAGUGCUCCACAAUCCUUUUAAUGUCAAUGUGUAGUUUUGUUUUGUUUUGUUUUUUCUUUUUAAUUAUUUAAAGCACUUAAAGUUUGGAAUUGAGGGAUCUAUGUGUAUCUAUGUGGCUUUUACUGA